UUUUCUUUUUGAUUAUAGGCAUUUUAGAUUGGAGGCAUGUUCUUAAUAGUCGUAUAAUGAGAUGGACAGCUGCAGCUCAUGAUAUAUGUUUCACCAAUGACUGGCAUGCUCAAUUUUUCGCUUUGGGAAAGACAUUUCCUGUUGUUCGUGGCGCUGGAGUUUAUCAGAAAGGAAUGGAUUUUUGUUUAGAACGACUAAAUGCUGGUGCAUGGGUACAUUUUUUUCCAGAAGGAAAAGUGAACAUGGCAAAAAAUGAAUUCAUACGCUUAAAAUGGGGCAUAGGACGAUUAAUUGCUGAAUGCAAAAUAUGUCCUAUUGUGAUUCCAUUUUGGCAUUUAGGAAUGGAUAGUGUGUUACCAAAUGUUGAGCCAUAUAGACCAAAAAUUGGACAGAAAGUCACAAUCCUUAUUGGAAAUCCCAUUGAUUUUACUGCUCUGCGAGAGAGGCUUGCAAGUGAAUAUAAAAGUGCGCCAGCUGUUGGAUUUGGUGAUGGAAUAAUACUUAAGGAAUAUUUCAAGAUGGAGAAAAGGAAAAUAAUCACAGAUAAAAUUCAAGAAAAUCUGUUUCAGCUCAAACCACGCACAGAACGUUUACAUCUAGAGCGAAGCCAGUAAAAUAAUUUUUUACUUCUUUCCAAAAAUCUGAAUAUGAAGGUUAUAUACACAUAUAUAUAAACAUCGAUAGGCAAUGCUAUGUAUGAAAACGACUAAAAGUUUUUUUUAUAAGCUCAAAUGUCUUCUGUAUUUUAAAUAGUUAGCUUUUUCAAAACUACUUUUUCUUCAUGAAAAAUAACAUGUAACUAGUUUUUAACUGAAAUCAUAUGCCUUUGUUUUUAUUUGUGAAUAAUAUAUUAUUAUUAUAUAUAUAAUCUACAUAAGGAGGCCCCUAUACAUAAUACCUGUACACAAGAUAGUUUAUUUCAUUCUUUUCAAAGUGGUUUUGUUGCAUUUAAGAGUUUGUGAGGCUAAAAAUAUUUAAAUUAUUCUUCACGAAAUCUUUGUUUUGAAUGUAAUCUGCAGUGCUGUGAUUGCUGUGCUAGUUGCUUUAAACUGUAUGUAGUGUAUCCUAUGCUAGAUUACUAUAAAAGGCAGAAAUGAUGCCAGUUUAGUUUCAGAAAUUGAGGUAAAACAGUAGUUAAAACUGUUAUGAAGGCUUAGUGUUGCAAAUGCUGCAAAAGAAAGAUUUAGUGCCAGAUUUCUAUGUAAAUGAAAUAUAAUUAAUAUGAUGAAAUAUGUUUUGCUCACAUUUUGCACUAAACUAGGGAAUUUAUUUCAUUUGCUUUUGUUCAAAUUUGAUACCAAAAUGAGGAUUAGCUGCUAUACGUUUCUUUGAUCUGUGUACAGCAGCUAAACAGUGCUGCAGGGGCAUAGAAAAGUACCAGUGUAAACAUACUUUAUAUAUAAUCAAAUUUAAAAGAAGAUAAGAAAAUAUAAACUAAAAUGUAAUUCAUAAAACUUGUAAUGGUUUUAUUCAAGAUAUUAAUAUGAAAAUAAAAUUCUUGUAUCUCUCUAUUAAAAUUAAUGCAUUUUAAAUAAAUAAUAAAAAUGUCUGUAUAUAUAUGUGUGUGAAAAUUCUGAAAUUCUUUUCGAAGCUAAUAGUUUUUCCUCAACUUUAAAUAAGUACAAAAGGAAUGUAAUAAAACUAUAUUUUAUAGUAAAAAAUUUUAACUUUGGUUAUUUGCAUCUGAAUAGUCUUUGAUGACUUUAUAAUACAUAAUUCCAAAUUCAGUAUUUAUUUGAGGUUUGGUUUUAUUUUUGAAUUUUCUUUGCAAAAGGUGUGCUAAAUUUUUAUUUGUAAUUAUUAGCUACAAAAUUAAUAAUAAGUAAUGAACUAAUAAUGGUUCAUACAGAACUAUUAAUUGCUAAAACAAGCAACUUAGUUUUGUAUUUUUCUCCAUUAUUUAGAUUCAUUAGUAAUAGGCCUUUAUAAGGUCAUCUAAAACAUUUAAUUUGCCCUUGAUUAUGUCCAUGAAUUUUGAACUUAAAGUUUAGGAAUGGAAUCAUAUUUAGCAUAACACAGUAUAAUGAAAAUUGUAUGAAUUAAAUAUUUAGGAUCAGUAUUUAAAAAGAUAUUCCUUAUAUUUCUUUUGGAUAUCCUAUAUGUUAGUGCAGAUUAUUUUAAGUCUUGAAAUUUGCUGCUUCAGUAGCUAGAGUUUUAAAAAAUACACUGCUUCAAAUACUUUCUUUUUCAGUCUGUUGCUACAAACUGUAUGUGUUUGAAAAUAUGCUGCUCAAAAUAGCCAAAAGUAGAUAUUGCAAUCACAUCACUGAAUUUAUAAAAUAAAAUGCAAAUGAAAAUUGAUAAAGUUCAGAAAUUUCAAGGUUUUGAGUAAUGAAAUUUUAUUUCUCGUUAUGUAAAGAAAAUUCAUCCAGUUUUGAAAUGUGUAAACUGUUAUCUGAAGUCUAAAUGAAAGUUUAGAAUUUGAACAAUUAGAUCAAAAUCCCUCUCUCAUGUGAUUGAUUCAUAUAUAGUUAGUAUUGAAUAGUUUGAAUCCACUGUAAUUUAUUGUGUACAAAAUUGUCACUGCUCAUUCUGAAUUCAGAAGCAUUAACAUUUCUAAGCAAUUUGAAUAAUUUAUGUGGUAAAUUGAUACUUCUUUUGUAAUAUUCUUCUAGUUCAUUGAGUAAAAAAUGUGGGCUUCCAUAUGUGAUUGUUCAUUAAAAUAACUUCAUAAUUUUCAUAUUUUUUCUCUUAUUUCAUGGUGCAAAAUUUGUUUUCAAUAACACAUUAUUUUAAGUAAUGAACAAAUUUCAUUCCCCCCUUUCUUUUACGUUUGUGCAUUAACAUAGGACACUUGAGUUAAUGACUUUUUAUUUCAUUGUGUUCUUAUUCAUCUCAGAUUUGGUUUUAUUAGUCUUACACUGUUUUAAUCAUGUAUAUAAAAGUUAAAUUUUUAUUUUUUACAAUGUUAAAUUUUGUUGUUUCAAAUAAAUUUAAGUUUGUUUUAAUGUUUCUAUCUAAUUUUCAAUUCUCCUAUUUUAUUAUUUCUAAUUAAAAUUUAAUUUUAAUAAUCUUUUGUUUCAAUUUCAUAUUUGCUUUGAUUUAAUGUAUAAAUUGCUCAUAUGCCUGUUUCAGGUCUAAAUUACUUCCAGAAAAUUUUUUGCAUGGUUUAAAAAUUCAAAUUUAUAAUAAUCAAAAUUUCCUUUAAAUAUAUGGAGGACUUUUAUAUUGUAUUUCAAAAGCUGUGACUGUCAAUAUUUCAAAGUGUGGAAAAAGUACUUUUAUUCAUUUCAAGACAUUUGUACCUUGUAUAAAAAUUUUAAAAAUAAAAAUUUUUCUUUUGGAAAUUAAAAA